AAAUGUGAAAUUGCGGUAUAUACGAAUAUCGUCCUAUUUACUGUCUAAUAUGUUAUAUUUUUAGUUGACCCUGUUGACUCUCAGCUUUUUUCCAAAAAUUCACAAAAAAACUUACCUGAAUAAUAUUUUGUUACCGGUAGUUUUGUUGCAUAAACAUUAUGGAAGAUCUGAAGCGUGAGUAUAAACUUGAAGGUGAUUUUGAAUUACGUUUUGAAGUAGGAUCAAGAAGCGGAAAAGUUACUUUAGAGUUAAAAUCUGGUUUAGCAGAAGUUUUUGGAACCGAUCUUGUAAAAAACCAAAAGUACGACUUUUUCCCCGGAUCAAAUAUCGCAGUUUUUAGCUGGCAGGGAUGCACCCUCGAACUCGAGGGCACCCCACAUCUAGCAUACAUUGGCAGAGAAACUCCGAUGCCAAUUUAUUUGAAUUGCCAUGCAGUUUUAGAACGCGUACGCGAGUUGUCCGAGAAAGAAGAUUCAAAAGGUCCAGUGGCGAUGGUCGUCGGUCCGUGUGACGUAGGAAAAUCGACAAUCUGUCGACUACUAGCAAAUUAUGCUUUGCGAAUGAGCCGAACACCAUUUUAUGUGAACCUCGACGUGGGUCAAGUCGAGUUCGCAGUUCCUGGAACCUUAGGAGCAUUAUUGCUAAACACACCAACGAGUGUCGAGGAAGGAUUCAGUCAAGAGGAUGGACCUCUCGUUUUUCAUUUUGGUUACGAUUCUCCUGAGCGAAACGAUACUCUAUACAAACACUUGAUCACAAGGGUAGCUGAAGUCUGCAAUGACCGCAUGAAAACCAACCAAAAAGCAAAACACUCUGGGAUUAUUAUCAACACCUGCGGCUGGACACAGAAGGAAGGAUUUAGGGUAUUGGCUCAUGUAGCUCAGGCUUUUGAAAUAAACGCAAUCCUUGUAAUUAAUGAUGAGAAACUUUACAACGAUUUACAUAGGGAAAUGCCUCAUUUCGUUCAGGUAGUUCUUUUGCCGAAAAGCGCAGGUGUUGUCAAGAGAGACCAAACCCGAAGAGCCGAAGUAAGAAAUUCUUCGAUCCACAAAUACUUUUACGGAAUUCCGAGCUCACCAUUGCACCCGUGCAAGAUCAAAGUUAAAUUUGACGAUGUAUCUAUCUAUAAAAUUGGAGCUCCUUCCUUUUCUUCUACUAGCUCGUCACUAAGCACCAGAUCAACAAACAUGACGAAAUUGGUUCCUCUUCGACCUAUACCUGAGAUGAGAAACCACUUGCUUUCUGUAUCCUUUGCUAAUUCUGAUGAAGAUGACAUCGUGCAGUCGAACGUUGCUGGAUUUUUACAUGUGCAAGAUGUCAACAUGCAAGAGAAAAUCUUGACGCUCCUGAGCCCACAACCAGAAUUAAAACCCAAUUCAAUUUUAUUGUUGUCUGAAGUUAAACACUGUGAACUUCAUUAAGUUUAUUUUAUACUCGUUAUUGUACAUAUAGUUUAAUAAUAGCUUUCACUUUUUAAACAGUUAUGUAAUAAAUUAAGUAUUUUCAAUAAAGAAUUAUUCUG